AAUGGUGGGGGUGUAUCCCUGGGUGUAUCAUGGAUCUGUUCAACUAGGCAACACAUGGGCGCUGUUGAAAUCUGCCAAAGGCUUCACCUCGAAAUCCACUCGACGCUCAAAGUUCGGCACGGGUGAACCAUCGAAAUCUGGGCUUGCUAGCGUUCUCGCUGGCGGGGCUCUUGAGGCAGCAUCUCCAGAAGGUGCAGUGCUGGAACUGGGAUUUUGGUUCUCAGAGGCAUGUCGUUCCAAAGCCGACGUCACAUCCUUCGCUUCGGACAGCAAGUCCUCAAUCUUUUUCAAGCCGGCAGGGUGGCUGCUCGAGUACUUGUUCUUGAUGAGGCAAGCAGCAGACCAUUCACCAAACCUGCAUCAGAGGGCAACUUCAUUGACCUCUUGGCCGAACGACCUCAGUUCGAGGCACAGCUGCCUUCUCCAGCUUUUGGCCGCGCAGAUGCGCUGAAGGAUCUCCUCAGCAGGCACUGCGCGAAUCACGGGGUCCAACACGCUUGAUUGAAAUCAACCAGCAUAAUCAACCAGCAAUUGACAGGUCGUUUGCGGGGGCAAGUAUCCAGUUCCUUCAUGCCAUAGGGUUUGCGCAUCUUCACUCCAGUGCUUUCAAAGUCCCGCUUCAUACGACCCAAGAGUAGGUCCAAUAGUUCGGGGCUGUUCUGAAGAUAGCUACACCAGGGAUCACCACUUCCUACAGAGAUGUAGUCUUCAUUGAAAACACCGUUGGCGAUCCCAUCGUGUAGGAUGAAUCGCGGCUGCCCAAAGACCCUGCCGGUGUUUGCUGUGAAUGCUGAUUGCAAUGUUUGAAUGAACAGCUCAAGUCAUAAGUCAUGAGGCAACUCAACAAGAUAUCAAAAAUAAACCAGCUUGCUUCGCCUCACCAUUUCCUUCAACUGCUCUCGGACAGUUGAGCUGACAUGUUUCAGCAGGUUUGUGCACGCGCCGGCUUCCAGCUUGCCGACUUGGUAAGCGGCAGCAAAUGUAGAAGCGUUCUCAAGGGCCUGAGCGCAAGGAGGAAAUGUUGGCACCUUAUUGAGAAAAUGUCGAGAAGCUUUGCUGAGUAUGUCACGGUCAAACUUUGGAGAGCAGCGUCGCCGCUAUGGCCCGAGGCCAACAUCAUCUCACAUUGGUGUAAAAAGUUGAAGCAGUUGGGACGACGGCGAAUUGCCGUCGAAACCAAAGUCACGCCUGCAGCGUGUGGCUGCGUGCAAGUUCUUUGUUAACAGAACUGAUGUGACUGCUGUGACUUCAACACGAUGAGCCUCGGUUGAUGCUGAGAAUGUCAGGUAGAUCUCCGGUAACUUUCGUCGCAUGGACUGUGCCGAAGGAACUCAGUUGAAGUUCUAAAAGCUCGGCUGCACAUGCUAACAUGAGGGGCUUGACAAACAAAUUAGACCAGCGAAAGCUUUAACACUUAACUCUGGAACUGUUUUGCUUGUUCCAGGUGUGAAAGUUGAGGCUUCAGCCGCUUCACUUCCUCUGGGAUGACCUUUUACAAAAGGAUGAUCUUGUGGCAACGCACAUUGAAAUAACG